UGGUUUUUCAAAAGGUGCUCCUUGACAUUGAAAGGAAACUGCAGAAUGCACAUGGAGAAAGGUAGAAAUGGACAAAGGAAACUGGCCCUUCAAUAAUGUACCGAACCAACUUAGACCAUGCAACAAAAUCCAAGCUCUCGAUGUAUCUGUCCAAGAAAACACGCUCCUAAUGUCAACGUGAGGUCGUUAUCUUAAAGCCCUUUUCUUUGUUAAUUUUUUUCUGGAUAAUUUCAUAUUUAAAAUAGCCACAGAUCGUUCAUGAAAUGCAGCCCAAUUAUGCGAUUACAAUCAGUGCACUGCACUCUCAGUGCUAUUGUCUCCUCUUGCAUGACAAUAACAAUGUAUCUAGAGCCCACCGCAACACCUCUUCCCCCCUCCCCCCACCACCACCACCACCAUUUAACGGAAUGGUCUGGUUGAUAAGACCAUUUGUUUUCACCUAUUUGAAAUAAAUUCAUAGGGAUAAACAGAACAUAAGCGUGAUUCAUCUAGUACCAAUAUAGAGACCGUUACCAA